AGCUGUAUCACUGCCAGCAAUGACAACCCUGUUCAAUGGAGAAAAAUAAUAAAAAAUAAAAACAAUGGAUUCUUUUCGAAAUAACAUGAUUAAAAGUGCAAGACCAUAUGCUGUGUUUGUCCCACAAUUAAAUAAAUCCGUGCUGCGCGUCUUAAUUCAGGUUUCCGUGCAUUACAUAGAAAACAAAAAGUCAUCACCCAAUAUCUUGGCUCUCGCAAUAAACAAAUUAUCAAAUGCAGGACACGAAGUCCCUGAGAAUUUCUGCGAAUUGUUUACCUUAAUUUACACCAUAAUGCAACAUUUCCUUCGGUCUACUGAAAAUAAGGAGCACGAGUUACGGCAGUGUUUAAAGGAAGAUCUGAGCUUCACAGACGAGUGCGUGGAUGAUAUUUGUAAAAUCCUUAUUAAUCACAGGGCAGUACUGACAAAGAAUUUUGCAGAAACCAAAGUGGAGCGAGUAAAAAUUAGCGGUGGAUUACAGUGGAGGAUAAACCUUUCAUUAAGUUCAAGCAUGACAAAAUUCGAUAAUCCAACAAUAGUCUUGCACUUUAAAUUAUCAAAUGGAAAGCAUCGAACUUUAGAGUUGCCAUUGGAAAUGUUUCAAAGAUUACGGUAUAAUAUUUCGGUUCUAUUAAGUGAAUUGCAACAGUUGCAGAGUCGAUCUAUUUUAAAGUCAUUUUAAGUGUCUAUUAUAUAAGUUGUGUUUAAAUACAAAUUUUCAUUUAGUGCUGGUUUAUGUAAAUAUGCUUCAAAUAAAAAAAAUGCGCAAAUAUA